AUGUCCGAGCCUACCUUGCUGCAAGAUGCCUAUGAAUGUCGCCGUCGCGCACUUGCUCAGGUUGAUAGCGCUUCCUUCAGCUGGUUUCACCUUCGCACUGUUGUCGUUGCCGGAGUUGGCUUCUUCACUGACUCAUACGAUAUCUUUGCCAUUAAUUUGGCAGUGAGCAUGCUGGGUGUUGUCUACUGGCAGGGUGCAAGCCAUGGCCCGGGUAAAAUCCCCUCCAGCUCCGACACUGCCAUCAAGGUUGCCACCUCUGGCGGUACUGUGAUCGGACAACUCUUUUUCGGCUGGCUCGCAGAUCGCAUUGGCCGCCGUCGCAUGUAUGGAAUUGAGCUCAUGGUCAUCAUUCUUUCUGUGCUAGCUCAGGCUUUGGCCUCUGACUCCCGUGCCAUUUCAAUCACUGGUCUUCUGGUGUUCUGGCGCGUUGUCAUGGGUCUAGGCAUUGGGGGUGACUAUCCACUCUCGUCUGUCAUUACUGCGGAGUUUGCUACUACCAAGUGGCGGGGUGCCAUGAUGGGAGCUGUCUUUGCAAUGCAGGGCUUUGGCCAGUUUGCUGCAGCUGUCGUCGCCCUGAUUGUCACAGCUGGCUUCAAGGAAUCCCUCCAAAAUGCCAAAGAUGUUGCUCACUGUACCGGUGUUUGCCAGCUUGCCGUCGACAAGAUGUGGCGUGUUGUUAUUGGAUUUGGAGCCGUUCCAGCCUGCUUUGCACUGUAUUAUCGGCUCACUAUCCCGGAGACCCCCCGCUUCACCUUUGACGUUGCCCAUGAUUUGGUCAAAGCAGACGAAGAUGUCCGUGCCUAUUUGAAGGGUCUGAGUGAAGAAUCUCUUGAUUUAGUCCAGCGUCCCAAUCAUAUGCGGAAUAUUGAGUUUCAGCCCAAGGCUACCUGGUCUGAUUUCUGGCGUCACUACUCUCAAUGGAAACACGGAAAAGUUCUUCUUGGUACUGCUGCAUCCUGGUUCUUCCUUGAUGUUGCCUUUUACGGUCUUGGUUUGAACAACUCUGUGAUUCUCGCGGCUAUCGGAUGGACUGGAGGAAAGAACGUCUAUGAGAUCUUCUACCGCAACGCCGUGGGAAACCUCAUCUUGAUCUGUGCUGGUGCGAUCCCUGGAUACUGGGUUACCGUUGCAACGGUUGAUACUCUCGGACGCAAGACUAUCCAACUCGUUGGGUUUGCCGUCUUGACAAUCCUAUUUGUGGCAAUUGGAUUCGGCUACGACAACCUGAAGCACACUCACCAUGGGUUGUUGGCUCUCUAUGUCGUAGCCCAGUUCUUCUUUAACUUUGGCCCCAAUGCAACUACCUUCAUUGUCCCGGGCGAGUGCUUUCCGACCCGUUAUCGAUCCACCUGUCACGGCAUCAGUGCUGCGUCUGGCAAGGUCGGCGCCAUCAUCGCCCAGUGUGUCUUCGGUCCCCUCGUUCAUCGAGGUGCAAAGAAGCCCGAUGAGUCGCCGUGGCUGAACCAUGUUAUGCAAAUUUUCUCCUUGUUCAUGCUCUGUGGUUUCUUCACUACCUGGCUGAUUCCGGAGACCAAGCGCCAAACCCUUGAAGCCCUCUCUGGCGAGUCUGACCAUCCUUCUGCCCGGUACUCGGUGGCCUCGGACGACACCAAGCAUGAUGCAGUUGCGGCCAUUACUUCUACUACCCCGACUGCCAUGACCAGCACCACUGUCUAG